UCGGCCGCCCUCACAGCGAGUGGUAAACUGUUCAUGUGGGGCGACAACACCGAGGGUCAGAUUGGUUUGGGGAAGGAGAGUCAGGCGUCAACGCCGCAAGAAGUCAGCGUGGGCCGUCCAAUCAGCUGGGUGUCCUGCGGGUACUACCACUCAGCUUUAGUUACAGUGGACGGCGCUCUGUACACAUUUGGUGAGCGGGACAGCGGUAAACUGGGUCUUGGCACAGACCAGCUGCCGGGACACCGAGUGCCUCAGCUGGUGAAGAGCAUCAAGGAGCCGGUGAGGCAGGUGGCCUGUGGGGGCGGGCACACGGUGGCGCUUACAGAUGCAAAUGUGUACACGUUCGGGCUCGGUCAGUUUGGACAGCUCGGCCACGGGACGUUUAUCUUUGAGUCCAGACUGCCGCGUUUGGUCGAGCACUUCAAGAAGGGGCGAGUCUCUCAGGUAGCCUGUGGAGAAAACCACACCGCUGUCAUCACGGAAGGCGGGCUGUUGUACACGUUCGGAGAUGGCAGACAUGGAAAACUCGGUCUGGGAGAAGAAAACUUCACCAACCAGUUUAAACCAACGCUGUGUCCACGAUUCCUCAAGUAUAACGUUCAGGGAGCUACCUGUGGCGGCUGUCACAUGGUGGUGCUGGCUCGGCCGAGGGCUCGGGGCGCUGGUGAAGUCACUCUGGAGAAUGAUGACGUGACUGAAGAUUACCUGGAGAAACCCUAUGUGGAGUUGCAGGGGGACCUGGGCGACUCAUCCAUGCUGCAGAGGAGCCUAUCAGCCCGGGUUCGCAGGAGGGAGAGGGAGCGAUCUCCAGACCAGUUUGGCAACAUGUUCCGCACGCUGCCCGCCAUGACACCGGGCUGCCUCCACCCGCCACUGCCCGUCUCCAGUCAGACCAUCCCACCCAGGCUGCCCCCACAUGAGCUGACCCACAGAAAGGUGCUCAACGGCACUCACCAACACGCGAGCGAGGGGUCAAUUCACCAGGCGCCUUCAGGGGUCGAGACAGACAGUGCUGUGGAGAGCCUGACGGACACAGACAGCGUUAGAGGCCUUGGAGAAACCACAGACUUCCUCAACAUGACUCAUGUGAUGAAGAUAGACCCCAGUGAUAAAACACUUACACUGUCUCCUGUUCAAAAGAGGAAGGGUAAGAAUGGUAAGGCUAUAAAAGAACAGAGUCAAAGAAAGGAGAGAAAGCUCUCAAAGCAGAGCAGUUUCUCUUCCACUUCACCGUCUCGUAAGAGCGAGGCUUCCUCACCCCGCCAGGGGCUCCUGAGGGGCCGUAGUGCUCGUUCUCUGGCCCUGCAGAGCCCUCAGAGACAGAAGAAAAGCAGCCAGAACAAGGAGAAUCUCAUCAUGGCUGUGGAGGAUCCGCAGAAGAGGCCCAAUAAAAACAAGCCUCCAAGCGUCAGGCACAUCAGUAAGGCAGAAUCCAAAGAGCGACAAAAGCAAGUCAAGGACAAAAGCCAGAUGAUAGGGGUUGGCAGUAAGCUGGCAGCAGACUUAAAACAAAAUCCAGAAACCAGGAAGAAAGUUUUGGGUGUCGAUUCUGAAUCUGCAAAAGUUCAACAAGUGCAGUCUAGGCCUGUGAGGGUUAAAAGCAAGCCCACAGGAAUCAGCUCGCCAGAUAAACUCAGUCACACAGACUCACUGGGCUUUCACUUAAGUGACACCUUGGAUGAGGAGAGCAUGGGGAGCUCUCAACAGGUCUCUGAUGUGAAAAGAAACCCCAAAUUUAAAGAAAAAUCAAAGAAUGAGAAAAACACGAAGGAGGCUCGGACCAAAAAAGAGCCAGAGAGUCAAAAAAAGUCACCAGAUCUCAGCCUGCUUGCUGGAGCUGCUUCGCUCACAGCAGGAGCAGCUUUGAUCCAAGCUGGGAGUUGUUUAAGCACCCCAUUUCUGUCUGAGAGCAGCUGUGGUAUCCUUAAGGAGCGCUCAAUGAAAUCAGUAAGUGAGGAUUCUGAAUCGUAUGCUGCAGAUUUUAGCCACAAAUCUGCUGUCAGCAUCAACAUCAUACCUGCACCUGAAAGUCUUGAACUGAAGACGAGUUGGGAUGAAAGUGAGGAGGAGACAGACUCUGCAGCAAUCAAACAGGAUGAGGAGGAGGAUGAAGAGGAAGAAGGGCAGAGAAGAGAUGCAAAAGUAAGCGAGGAGGAGGAGGAUGUUAGUCACAGCAUUAAGAAAGUAGCAGAGGAUGAAGAAGAAGAUGAAAAAGGCAGUGAUACUCUUCAAUCUGGAGGGAAAUCAGACAGUGAUGUAGAUGAGGAAGAUGAGUGCAAUGCUGUGGAAGAAAACAAAGAGGAGGAUGAAGUAAAGAGUGAAUUAACAGAAAAUGAAAGUGAAGCAGAGACUGAAGGAAAAGACAGCAAAGGAGGGGAUGUAGAAGAGGAGGAGGUGGAGGAGGGGGAAAGUGAGGAAGGGUCAAGUCACGAAACAGAGAGCAAACAUGGAGAUACUGAAAAUGAGGGGGAUGAGGAAGAAGAAGGGAGUUUGAAAAGUGAAGGUGAAGAAGAAGAGGGUGAAAGUGAGUCUGCGAAGUCUUCAGAGAAAGAGGAGAGUAAUGAAGACAGUGAGACAGAAGCAGGAGAAGAAGAGGAGGAGAAGGAUGAUAGUGCUGAGGAAGAAGAAGAGGAGGAGAGUGAAAGUGAGAAUGAGGAGGAAGAUAAGGAAGACACAGAGCAAGAACAAGAGGAGGAGGAGGAAGCAGGAGAAGAAGAGGAAGAAGAAAAAGAGGGAGAUGAAGAGGAUGAGGAAGAAGAAAAAGAGGGAGAUGAAGAGGAUGAGGAAGAAGAAAAAGGGGGAGAUGAAGAGGAUGAGGAAGAAGAAAAAGAGGGAGAUGAAGAUGAGGAGGAACAAACCAGUGAGGAAAAGGAGGAUGAAGAGGAAGAUGGGGAAGAGGAAGAAGAUGAGGAAGAUGAACAGGAGGAAGAAGAGGAAGAUGAAGAAGAGGAAGAAGAAGAAGAGGAAGAAGAAGAAGAAGAAGAAGAAGAAGAAGAGGAGGAGGAGGAGAUUGUCAAAAAGAAAAAGUCUUCUGUUGUGAAAAGACAAAGUGCUAAAUCUGCAACUACAAGCAAAUUAAGGUCCGGGGUCAAAGGUCAGGCAGCUGGUGAGACAGAGGAGUUCUGGGAUGAUGUUUUACCUCAAUACCUCAAUCUGAAAUAACAACAGCCUUAUCAUCAAUCAAUGCAUCUAUUGAUUUAUUGAUUAACCUGAUAGAAAGUGAUCACGAUCAAAGUAUAAAAAGUGGAGAAAAGGUGUACUAGAAAAGCUUGUUGAGGAUAAGGUUACUUUUUUUCUUUAUAAAUGGUUGAAACUACAGCCUGUCCAAUUUUAUGUGAGGUGAUCACUUAGUUAAUCAAUUAAAAUACCUGAAACAGUGGUGGGAGAAGAAGAAAUUGCAUAUAUUUUUCUGUAGAAAAUCAAGUCGCGUCAUCUGCAAAGAAAAUUACCAAAAUACAUUUAUGUAAGUGAAAGGAAGGCACAGACUGUAACAACCAGACAGUUAAGCCAGUUUUUAAUCCCAAACUAAUUUCCCUAAGAUGUCCGGUAAUAGAUAAUGUUUGUAAGUGUAUGAAACAUUAAUCACUCCAAGACAAUGUGACACAGUUUACAUUUGAGAAUUAUCAUGUAAUAGUGACUCUUUUGAAAGAUACCACAUGCAGUAUAUGUACAUGGGUGUUACUGAAUGAUAGAAGGAAGUUGUAGCUAAAAAGAUAAAGUAUCGGUGAGUUAAUGGUAGCGGGGAAGAGCGAUGUCAGUUUUUUUUUUUUUUAAUUUAUUAAAGUUGCCUUGUAGUCAGUAGUCAAAUGGAAAAGCAGCUGGUGUAGAUGUAGAUUUUCACAAAUAUUUUUCUGUUCCAGGAUUUUAUUUUUGAUUUACCUUUUUUUCCUGGUCAGAUCUCACUCUACUUUUUGUUGUUUUUUUUCCCCUGCCGUUAAUGUUAUCUGAGUUUUCAUGUUGUACUCCAAUUUCCAUGUAUUUACUUCACUUUUCAGGCCACGUACCUUUAGUGUUGCCCAAAACUGUACUGAAAUAUCACAAAUUACAAAGGAAACAUGGUUACAGUCCAAAUUUUAUAAAUGCAUUUACAUUUUUACCAACAUGUCUUAACCAAAAACAAAAAACUAACAAAAAAUAAUCAAAAAUAUUUUAAAAUAUAUUAUACAAAUAAUAUGGCAUCUAUUUAAAUUUGCAGGAGUUUUUUUUUUAAUGAAGUUUGAUUGAAAAUUAAUUUCCUGGCCAUAAAUUCAGUUCAAUCUAUAUUUUUUUGCCAGGAUUUACUCUGAUUUUACCUGAAUUUUCACGUUAUGCAAAAACUUCCUUGUGCUUACUUAAAGUUUAUGUUUUGCUUCUGAAACAUAACGUUUGGAUACAUGCUGCCUUGUCCUCUGACAUUUUAACCACAUGUCUCAUUGAUUUCUCUUUCUCUCAUAAUGUUAUGCUUUGUUUUGCUUUGCUUUUGUAAAUUCCACCCAGCUUUUGGCUUUUGCUUUACAGCAACGGUUACUAAUGUUUAUCCCAAAUGUUGCUUUUAAAUGUCUUGGUUUACUUGUUUUUCUUGGAAGCUUGUUUUCUCAUUGCUUCUGCUCAGGUAUACAUGAAACCAGAAUUCUUUCAUUUCCCAGUAAACUUAAGUAGAGUACCUUCAUGUUCUUCAAACC